CCAUUUUCUGUUUUCAUUCGCAUUCGUGUUGUUUUUGGACAAUGUCAUCAAACAGUUUUAGUCCCUGCCACGAUCAUGAGGCCGCAGCAAAAAAGCGACGUAGGUGGUGGAGUGCCUCAUGUCGCGCAAAAAAGAUUGCCAAAGGCAGAUUUGAUACUCUGGCAGGAAUACAGAUAGGUAGUUUACAGAUUUGUCCACAUUUUGGUCGAAAUAUGACAAGAAACAAUUAUCACAUUCUAUUAAAUUUCAUUGAAAGAGUUCUCCCAAAACGGUAUACACUUCCGAAAGAUAAUAUAAUAACUCCUAAUUUAAACUUAACAUUAGUAAAAAAGUUUUGUAUUUCGCAUAUACACUAAAGUGCAAAAAACACGUUUUUUCUGUAGUGAAUAUACCUACUGUUUCACCGUUUCACAGUCCAUCUCACUGUAUCGAAUUAGUUCACCUUAUUUCAAUAAAACAAAAUAAG